AUGCUGGUCGUUAUUGAUGCAAAAGAUGCUGGAGAAGUCACCGAAAUCGUCACACUUCUUGUAAGUUUUUGGGUAAAAGUUAGGGCACCUCAGGUUACGGAGACAUUUAGUGGUCUUAAAAGCUUAGGGAGAACAUUUCAGGCAAAAAUUCACCCAUUUUCUAGCUAACAAAUAAGAAAAACACCUUCACAGUCUACAACGAUGAGACGGAAAUGGUGAGAAAAGUGAUGAAAGUGGAACUUCCCAAGAAAUCAGAUGAAACCUUGCUAGCUCUCAAAUCAACACCUGAGGAAGUUUCCUUCGAAGGCGGAGAAGUCGAAAAUCAUCCAGAGGAAAACCCGGAAGAAAUCGCAGCUCUUCCAAUGGAAGUCUUAUAUCCUCCAUCAGUAGAUAAAGAACAAGAAGAACCAGCAAAAAAGCCAAAACUCGAUUGGAAUUUCUCAAAAGCCUUGCCAGAAAUCCCGAAAUCUAUGGACGACGAUUCGGCGUAUUAUAUCAAAAUAGCGGAAAAAGAGGAUAAUUAUGAAAGUAGCGAGGAAGAAGAAUGUGGACUUGUGAAAUUCGAGAAAAUCGAGAAGAAAAAGGAGAAGAAGCCGAAGAAAACCAGAGCUGAAACUGGAAAAGUGAAGCUGGAAAUACCAAGAACAGUUUUGGCGCCGUUUGAAAAGAAGCCGAAACGAGGUCGACCGCCGAAAAGAGACACACCAGCUGUGAAUAUGCCAGAGCAAGAUGAUUAUGAUAAUGUUGUUUGUCAGGUUGGUUGCGAUUUUCAGAUCAAAAAUCUGAGGAAAUAGGGGCUAUUUCAGGCCAGCCUGACCAAUUAGAGACUGAAUAUGGUCUAGAAAUAAUAUUUUAACGAUUUCUAGGCCAGCCUGAUUAUGUUGAUACUAAAUAUGGCCUAGAAAAUCAAAUUCCAUGAAUGCUAGGCCAGCCUGAUCGUGUCUAUACUAAAUAUGGCCUAUAAAUUCAAAUUUUACAAUUUCUGGGUCAUCCUGAUCAUCGACAGACUAAAUAUGGCCUAGAAAUCCUAUUUUUAACGAUUUCUAGGUCAUCCUAAUCAUUAAGAGACUGAAUUAGGCCUAGAAACUCAAUUUUUCCGAUUUCUAGGUCAUCCUAAUCAUAAUGAUACUAAAUAUGGCCUAGAAAUUCUAUUUUCACAAUUUCUAGGCCAGCCUGAUUAUGUUGAUACUAAAUAUGACCUAGAAAUCCGAGUUUUACAAUUUCUAGGUCAUCCUGAUGAUGUUUAUACUAAAUAUGGCCUAGAAAUCCAGCCGGGUUUCAAGAUCUGAAUUUAAUAUCAAAAUUCCCCAAAUUUUCAGAAAUGCAAAAACAACGUUCGUACAUCUUCAAUGAAUCUUCGGCAAUUAUCAAGUCACGCGAUUGUUCACACAGAUCUCAACCGGUUUGUCACUUUUUCAUGAUUUUCUAAAAAAUUCAACAAAUAUUUUGCAGCUACGCGUGCCCGAUUAUAAAUUGCACAUUCAAAGGUCGACAACGUUCAGUUGUCGCGUAUCACAUCGCAAAAGCGCACAAAAUGGAAUCGAAAGGUGUGUCGAUUCCGGAUAUUUUGACAGACGGCGAAAUGGAACGUCUUGAACAAUGUACACUAGAAUGUUUCCCAAAUCUAACUUUUGACUAG